AUGUUUAAAAAGUUAACUCUGAACAGCACAGGUGAGGUUGUAGCUCCUCUCAGAGCUCAUGAGGAUAAAGGCGGACAUGAAACACUUUCUAACAGACCCGUUACCCCCCCUCCUCUCCUCUCUGUGUCUCUACCAGGUGGAGCAGUAGGCGGUCUGCUGGGCGCCUGGCUGACCAGCGGUCAGUUCAGACCUCUGCCUCAGAUCCUGAUGGAGUUGCCUCCCAACCAGCAACAGAUGCUCUUUAAUCACAUCACGGCCGUCUUGGGCAACCUGGACUGGACGGACGCGGCCCAGCUCAUCGCCAUCGUGAUGGGCAACGCCACUCUCCAGCAGCAGGUCACCGCCGCGCUGCUUGGCUACAUCACAAAGGAACUCCGAGCAGAGGUGCGCUAUCAAGACUGAGUUCUGCUUAUGCACAUGGACUUUUUCAGGAUGAUCAGGCCUGCCGAGCACAACCAGAGUCUUUACAACAUAUUUUUGUACUUAAUUCGAAAAAAGAAAAAAAAAUGUGAAUCAUGGAUGUUUCACUUUCAUGACUGUGCCAAAUGGAGCUGUUAGCGUUCGCUAUCUUCAGAGUGUCUAUCCUGACAGAAGUGGAAUGUAACUAAAUACAUACAAGUACUGCACUUAAAUACAAUUUUAAGGUACUUGAGUAUUUCCAUUUUAUGCUACUUUUCACUUCUACUCCACCACAACUCAGAGGCAAAUAUUGUUCUUUUUACGCCACUAUAGGUAAUAAAUUGAGGUAUUAAUCUAGAUUAAGCUACCCAGCAGUGUGUAAAGUAAUAAUUGAAAUUAGCUCCACCUUUACAUGAAAGCAUCACUAAUUAUAAUUAAGUGGUAUUAUAGAUAUGAUUCUGCAUAAUGAGUACUUUUCCUUUGGUACUUUAAGUAUAUUUUAUUCUCAAUACUUGAGUAUUUCUACUUAAGUAAAAGAUCAGAGUCCCUCAUCCACCACUACCGAACAAGAAAGAAACCAAAGUGAUAUUCAAUAAUGAAUGAAUAGUGACAUCAGCACUAAUAAUGUUUGUACAACAGACUGAUGACAACGUUCAAUCAGCUUUUUUUUUUACACUCUAAGAUAUUGUGCCUGGAGAGUCAUUUAUUCUGGAUUAGAAUGUAAUCUCUUUAUUCCCACACUCUGUAUCAGUGUGUUUUAAUAUACCUCUGCAUAGGAAGUGAAAUAAAAUAAACUUUUGAAGACA